CCUGCCCUGCCACGGUCAAACUCAAACCGGCGGCCCGGUCACCGUCUCCGGCCUAUAAAACGCCGCCACCCGCCGCUUCGCCUCACAACUCUCAACUCGCAACGCAAGCGAUUCUUCGUUUCCUAUCAGCUCGAGCUCGCCGGACCAAGCAAGCAAGGUUUUGAUCCUCUCGUGUCUCCCCGAUCCUCGAGGCAAGCUGGAGAUGGAGCCGGAGCUGCAGGCGACGCUGGUGAAGGUGGGCGUGUUCGUGCUGGUGCAGGCGCUGGUGUACCUCAUCCUGUCGCAGUCCUCCUCCGUGUUCUCGCGCACCAAGAGCCUUGGCCUCCGCCCCGCGCGCUCCGCCAGCGCCCGCCGCAUGCUCGCUCUGCUCGCCGACCUGCCGCUCGCCGGGGAGCCCUCGCUCGUCGCCCGGCCGCGCUCCUCGCCGCCGUCGCCGGCCGCGCUCGCCGCUGACCUCAUCAACGAGGACUGACCGACAGGGCGGCCGCCGCCGGCCGUGCAGUGCAGGGAGCGUAGCGUAGCGAGCUCGAUUUGUGGCGUGCAUGCUUAUUUGUUGGUUCGAUUUGUAAGCCCUUGAUUGGGUGUCCAAAUUUCGUGGAGUUUUUGGUUUGUGCAUGUGAUCAGUUCGCUCAAAUAGUGUGCUAUGCGAGCGGAUCUCCAAAUGCUGACGCGCCCUCGUUUCGGAGGGCAUUGCUCUGUUACGUUUUGGGCUUAACAUAUCACUGGGCUGAUUGGGCCUUGGGCUUAA